CCCAGCCAGUGAGACAGCAUAUUGAUCGGUGGCCGGCUCCAUCUUAUCAAUAACCCUUGAUUAUACAGCCAAGUAAGGAGUCGAGUAUCAGAAGAAACUUUGAAGCUAAAAGCGAAGAAUGAAACCACCCCAAACCAUGCAGUUUGUAAAACUGGUAAUGGAUAAGUAACAAUCAGAAGUGAAACUGAAGAUGUAGUGGAUUCACAAACGUGGCUUGAUGUGGGCUAGCUAGAGGGAUGGCUGCUUCAAUAUUCUUACAUCCACUCCAAUCGAAAACCACCAGGUUCAAACGCUAACGACACCAGAUUCACAAACAAUCCAAUUUUACUGGUUAGGCAGUGGACGAUGCCUAUGUCCAACUCAAGUGAACUCGUGGUAAAGGUCGGCGAAUCGUUGUUGCUGCUACUACUGCUGAUGCCGUUGUUGGUUCCUCAACAUCUUGCCCAGCAAUUACUCGCCAGAAGCGACAAGUGUGAUACCAUCAACCAGGCCUCUCAUGUUUUAUGCUUCGGCGGGGAGACGGAAAGAUAUUUAUACAAGGGAGCGAGUCAAAACUUCACCUUUACGCUGAAAAGUAGAAGCACUUUCUCCAUCACUGUAACACCGUGUGCUUCAGCGAUAACCUGGUACCUUCUUUUCCGGAAGGACAAACCAGGUUAUGCCUGGAGUGUCGAGCAACAGGAGCGACUACAAAAACUGGAAGAACUGACCAGAUACACGGGCGAGAGCAGACAUGCGUAUCUCCACAAAGACGGCCUGCCUGGGGUCUACAUCCUGACAGUCACGUCCAUAGAGAGCGACUCGUACGUUCAGAUCCUGAUGCUCAAGAACACGAUGACGACAUUCUACCCACUGGUACCCACGGACAACAAGGUCAGCGUUGUGGGCAACAAAACAACACUGCAGAUUGACUGGCCGGAUGCGGCGUCGAUCAACCACGAAACUGUCAAGUACUGUCUCACCGUCAGCCGCAUCAAAAACUUUCACACCUACUGCGGUGCACUGGCUUACUUAAAAGGCGAUAAAAAGCCGAACGUUGCUCAAUUUGGAUUUCAGUUUGAAAACUCUAUCAAGAAAUUGGCUCAGCCUGUCAAGAGGGUCCCGUCUAGGAUGCUGUUUCAUCAGUGCGUGUCCGAGAAAACGCAGUUUACCCAUACCGGAGUUAAGAGAGGCAAGACGUAUUUUGUGGAUGUGUUUGUUGUGAACGGUGAAAGAACUACGGCGUAUAACGGGACGUGGGUAAAAAUAAAAAGAUCCAAACGCCAGCCACGGGCCAGAAUGCAAGUCGGCGAGAGGAAGACGAUUCGACUCAGACACAGGCACGCUGUCGAGCUGAAGCUGAACACAACCGUUUCUAAGCUGGCGUUUGAGAUGGUACCAUGCAAUGGUAAAGCUUCCGUGCUGCUCUCGUACAAUGGUAGAACCAUUCAAAGAAAGACACCGCUGAAGCACUGGUACCGCCGCUUGAUCCCCGUGGCCAGACCGGGCACCUACCUCAUGACAUUCCUCGGACAAACAAAUAGAACAUUUGUAACCGUUUCCAUUACCUCCAAUGUGACUCAGUCUAAAAUUGCACAGCCAAAAGAGUAUAAAAUCAAAGUUUACAACAGUUUGGUCACCUGCUCUAAUGUGACAUUAUCAUGGGAGAUCACUUCCGUCAACCAGAAAUAUUGUAUUUAUAAAAGAAAACUCAACAGGGGAAGAGACUCUAGACGAAGGCGAUGUCUUUGCGCAGAAAAACGACCUGCGACGGAUCGCAUAGAUUGCAUCAAUGCGCGGGCGAAGACGGCCGAACCCUCAAAUACGGUCUACAACAUCACAGAUCUUAGCCCAAACACUCAGUACAGAUUUGAUGUCUACGUCAGCCGCGGACAAUCGGCAUCCGUGCCGUACAGAAGUGUCAAGGUAAAAACAAAAGCCCACUGUAAAGCUUGAGUAUAGGAACCUGUGUUUUUCUAAUGGAACACAAAGCAAGUAAAGUCUCGAGUACGUGAAUACACAGUCGGUAUUGACAGAGGGAAUGCGUGUGGCUUUCUGUGUGAAAGAAUGGGGUGUGGACACCAAUUAUCAGUUUCCUAUUUAAGGGUUUAUGCUGUCUAUACAGAAUUAAUGAUACCACAUGUCAUCAUUUCAGUUACUUAUAGAUUUUGUUGAUGGUAUUUUAAGAUUAUGUUGGUAUGCUAUUAUUAUUAGCUGCAGUAAUAUCCCUUAGAGCUGCAAUAGUAAUCAGGCGUCAAUGGCAUGGUAUAGUUUGUGAAUCAUUUCACGGCUUCUUUGAACGACAAUAACAUAUAUUGAAAAGCUGCCAUUUUUACGAUGGAGAAAACUGAAACGGAUGGGGCUACUUAGAAUAUAGAUACCAAAAUAUCUCACAGUGAAAAAACUUAUGAAAUCGAUACAAAUGGCAAAUGUAAAAACAAAAAUCGGACGAUGUUGAAAUAUUGAAAUAAGGUGAACAAUCUAAAAAUGAAAAAAAAAAUUCUCUUUGUUACUCUAAAUAACGGGAGAACCAUCUAAACAACAGACUGAGAACCUUCUAAACAAUAGCAUGAGAAUCUUCUAAACAACAACCUUCAGAUGUUUGAUAUUUUAACGUGGUCUCGCUGUUUCAGUCACUGCUGCUGUUUAUGACAUUCAUCUGGUGGUGUGGCAACUUCCAAGAUUCAAAAGUUUUUUGUUUUGUUUUUUUUUUGUUGUUUUUUUUUAACAUUUAUCUAUUUAUUACAAAUGUGUUUUAAUUAUUAAUGUUAAUGUUUUCAAAUAUUUUUUUUUUUGUGAAUGUGGUGUUUCUGGUGUAAAAAUAAAUAAAUAUAACAACUGGCAAUAACAUGCGAAAAUCAACGGAGCUUUCAAUUAGCCAAAGACGAAUUGCUUAAACAUUUUACCUCAUUUAUAACAAACGUGUAUCCAAGUGAGAAUGGAACUAGAUUCAUGCGGAUGGGGAAUGUAACAUGCACAGCUAAGUUUUAUAUUUUGAUAAGGUGUUAACAUUUUUAGAAUUAUUGUUUUUAAAUUAAUUUUAGAGUUGAUGAUACUUAAUGCAAUAGUCAGAAAAAGAAAUUACAUUUUCCUACUACGGAUCAAAGAUGUUUGAAAUUUGGAAGAUAAGCAGUACUAUAUAAAAAGAAUGUAUUUUAUUUUCAAGAAAGAAUAUGUGUACUAUAGGUAAAACUUUUAAAAUCAUACGUAUGCACAGUUUUGAAAAGCUUCACUAAAGCUGGCCGCUGGCUAAGGAAAGACAGACAUAAAGGAAUUUUAUUAAAGGUUAUCCUCAUAAGUAGUAUUCGUCUAUAGUGAUAUAAAUACGCUUUAAAAAUAAAUUCUUGUCACAAAUAUCUCAUCCGGUAGAGAUUAGAGAGUUUAAAACAUUUAAAACAGAAGGUAUUUCUGCUCAACUUUAAUUUGUAAAGUCGACAACUUAUCGCGUGGUAUCGUAUUUUUAAUAAGCUAGAUUUAUACAGGUCACUGUAUUUUUUUUUUAAAAGUUAGCAAUGCGCGUAUUGCAAUGAAAAGCGCGAGACAUAAUGACAAUACACACGUGCGAGCCGGAUUACUUUUGUACAGCGAGGGUUUAUAUUGAGACUGGUUAUUCAAGUCGGAUUGGUUCAAUAAAUUGUAUCCUAUCCGUCAUUGUAUGAACAAGCGGGUUCUGUUACAAAACUAUCUAUAGUACAGGCUUUAUUUAGAUAACAAAACCGUAAGAUCCUAUUGCUCUCUACUUCAUGCAUUAAGUCCUUCUUAAUCAAACGGCGAUCUACUGUUUAACCCAAACUAUAGAACCUACUGAGAUAUACUGGGGAGAAUCAGUUCCAAAAGGAUCAUUUGUUUGUCGAUCAAUCAGCUUGUUACAUUAUUAUGCGCACAUUAAUGUUGAUAUUUAUUCUAUGUCUAGUCAAUGUUAUACAUAUUUAAUGUUAUUUAAUGUUUAUUUCUAGAUUAAGUUUAAUGCAAUCACUUCCACUUUUUUUUUAAAUAAACUCCAGAAGCAGUGAAAGACCUCAAGGUAAAUCAAAAAGAUGUUUGGGUCUUUAUUAACAAACGAAAGACUUAAGUCUAAGAAGAGUUGUUAGACCUACUACUACUAGAUCUAUUUUCAAACUGUUAACGGAGGUUGUUUUUUUUUUCCUCAAGAUUAUCUUUGUGUCGCUGUUUGCGUUAUUGCCGCUAAAAUAGAUAUUGUUUUGUGAUACAUUGAAUGUUGUGUUGAACUUAUUUAUUAUUAUUUCGUCUGUAAAUAAUGAUUAAUUAUUAUAAAUGGUUACUAUACAUUAAGUAUUAUGAUUGUGUUUACCUUCCAAAAUUGUAUUAUUUUACGUGAUAUAGGGCUAAAUGAACGUGAUACAAAACGUGUGCACUGUGGAUACCUCAUCUUGGCGCUAAUUUAAGUUUUUGAACACAUUUGUAAACAAAUUUUUAUUUGUAAUGCGUUGUAUUUUUUUUUUCAGUAUAUGUUAUCGGGGAAUCGUGCUAAAUUAAAAACGUAAAAGUUUUUUAAA